GCCAAGAUGAGUUGGGAGGGGAGGCCUUCGUUCCGGAGUCUGAAUGCAAUUCCAAAGACAGGAGAGAAGAGAAGACGAAGGGACUGUGACCACUUGAAAAUUGAAAUUAUCGAUUAUGAGAAGCAAGACUCGCCGCGGGGGUAGGCCUAAACCCCCCACCUCAACUACUACCACGGCAACCGCUAGGGCACUUCCUCUCCUCAAUCAGGAUGAUGAUUAUAUGCAAAGGCUUGUGCCUGAAACCUGCGAUGCAGCUCAUAAUCUGAAUGACGAGACUGUUGAUGGUAUGGAUAUAGAUUGGAUAAAGGAAGAUACUUGUAUAAGGUGCAAUAGAGGUGGAGAUUUGUUGGUUUGUUGCGAAAUUGGCUGCCCGGUUGCACUCCACGACAAGUGCAUGUGCUGCAACCCUAAAUUCGAUGAUCUGGGACACUUUUACUGCCCUUAUUGUUCGUACAAAAGAGCGAUUCUAGAGACUCGACAAUUGAGGAAAAAGGCCAUGUUUGCGAAGCAAGCUUUGGUGAAUUUUAUAGAUAAAAAUGCCGUGGCUGGUAAUGGAAAGAACCAGAAAGAUGGGGAAUCUCAGAGCAAAGAGCCCGAUUUAUCAGUACAUGUGGGAAAUACAAGCAGGCCUGAUCAUGAGGCAUGGCAGCGUGAUGAUGGUGGAGGCCAGAAUGAAUCUGUGCAUGAUGAGGAGGAUCAACAAAAUGAAAGGGGCGAUGCAGGGUUAGCCAGCAAUCAUCAACGUAAGAUAGUGGUUGAUAAUGAAGCGUGCGCAAAUACUUCUACACCCGAUGCUAGUGAUAAUGUACAUUUUAGAGAAGGAGGGAUUACUCCAGGGAAAGAGCUUCUACAGGAUUCCAUAAUCAAAGAUAAAUCCAAAGAGGCAACCAUAUCUGAAGCAAGGUCUGAAUUUGCAGAAGAUGGAGAAAAAAUACAAGCAGAGGAUUCACAACUAAUAGAGAACAGUGAGCAUGAGAGAAUUCUUGAAGAGGAAGACAGUCAGCAUGAAGGAAUUUUUGAAGAGGAGGAAGGGCAAGAAGAGGUUUUGAAUGCUUGCCAUGUAAACGAAGAGAUGCUUGCGGAUGGUACACUUCAUGCAUCAAAAGAAGGAUCACAGGAUGAUCUUGAGUUAUCUGAGGAAAAUCAAGGUAAAACAGAGGAUGAAGAACAAAUGCAGCUAGAAGCACCCAUAGCUCCUUCAAAUGCCAAUGUUCCUUUGGAAACUAAUGAUACAGACACGGAGACACUCUCAGCACGACAUAAAAAAAGGCGUUUCAAACGAAGAGCUCGUAAGAAGGCACGGCCCCAGGAUGUCAAUUCACCAAGGAAAUCAUCCUCUCAGAAAAGUAACUCCCCAGAGAAAAAUGUUCGGAAACCAAAUGAGAAAGCUGCCCCCUCCAAGAAUAAGAAGAUUUCUGCCUCCAAAAAGGCGAAAAACCCCCGAGAGUCGCCUAAGCAUUUCACAAAGAUGACUUUUCCAAGUGCGAAGCGAAAGAGACUGUACUGGACACUCGAAGAAGAAGAUAUGUUAAAGGAAGGAGUGCAUAGGUUUUCAAAUUCAACAAAGAAAAAUCUCCCUUGGAGGAAAAUUUUGGAUUUCGGUCGCCAUAUGUUUCAUGCGACUCGUACACCAAUAGAUCUCAAGGAUAAAUGGAAGAACAUGAUGGCCAAAGAUUCUUCAACAAUUACAAGAAGAUGAACCUAGUACAUGGGAAGUGUGAUCUUGUUAUUUCACAGUCUAGUUUAGUUUGAUAGGUAACUUUAUUUCAUUUUCUGAACCUAAUGCAGGAACAAGCCGGUCUCAGGGGUAGAAGAUACGUGUUUUGUUAAUUCUGUAAAUUUCUAGGUAGUUCUUUUUCUAAACAACCUUAGUUGUGGUGUUGAUAUUGCUCUAUUGUCAAGAGUUGUAUCUCUUGAUACUAACAAACCCGGAAGGAAUAUAAAGUUAUACAUGGUUGGAUGUUUUUAA